ACAUUCGCCGUUCCCUCAAAGUCCUCCUCAGCAACAUGCGUGGAAUCUUCCUUGCUCUGAGUGUGGCGUCCUUCGCCUCCGCUACGGUCUUCCAGGACUGCGGCUCGGUCGGGUCCGACGUGGUCCUCACCGUGGAGAACUGCGAACUGCCUCCGUGUCUGCUGGAACGCGGCUCCACCUACAGCGUCAACAUCCAGUUCACGUCCAGCCAGACCUCGGACGUGCUGACCAUCGCCGCCUCAGCCAACCUGGCCGGCGUGAACGUCCCUUGGCCCGGAAUAGACACUGACGGAUGCAAGCAGCUGGAAGGAGGCUCCAACCCGUGCCCUUACAGUGCUGGCAGUCGCGUCGACUGGACCAUGCCUGUGGACGUCCUCAGCGAGUACCCAGCGCUGUCGACCGUCGUGACGUUCAAGCUGAAGAACGCCGCCGGGGACCCUGAGGCGUGCACGGUGGUUCCUGUGACCCUCGUGUAGCGUGGCUGCCUGAGCCGCCGCCGGGGCCUUCUGCAGGACAAGUCGACUCGGGGCCGAGCGCCUCCAGAGCACAAGAACACAACGUGGUCACACCUGAGUGAUAGCGCUGCAACGCCGUGAGAGAAAUGGCAGCUGGUGUUCAUGGGAAAACGUCUCUCGGGGAGCAACACUGACACCUGCUGUCUCCCGAAAGGAGCCUAGGCCUACUGGACUCGCC